AUGCCGGAACCCCUCAGCAUUGUCACCGGCGUCACCGGCCUGCUUAAAGUAACCUGGACAGUGGGUGUGGAACUCAAAGCCUUCCGCGAUGGAGUCAAAGUCGUCAACACCAAACUCGAUGGCUUGAUCCAAGACGUCGAGGGCCUCGAAACCGUCCUCAAAUCCAUGCGAGAAACCUUCGCGAACAUCACGGCAGUCUACGGGACGGGUCACAUCGGUUCGCACUGGCAAAACAUCGCUCAGGCACUCAUACGAGGCAUCGCGCUCGUUGAACAACUGCGAGAUGAAUUUAAGAAAAUUGACAAGCGGACCGCUUUCCUCGAUGCACCUCGAAAACAGUUCCGGGUCAACAUGGCGACAGACACGAUCGCGGCGCUGAGGGUGUCAAUACAAUCUUAUCGUGACUCGCUACAGUUGUCGUUGCAAACGAUGAUUGUAUGGAACCAGGCUUCGCAGCUCGAAGCCACCGGCCAAGUCCUUCCACGACUCAAUGAGCUGGAGGAUGAGAUCCAUCGCAUUGCGCCGGAGAUCAUUGCCAUCAUUCAGGCGGCGCAGGGGACGGCGAUGUCUGAGCAAGAUAAGCGGCGUGAGGAGGCGAUGAGCAGCGCACUCGAAUGUGUACGGUCUGCUGCGUCUAUUGUCUCUUCUGCUUCGACUGUUAGUACAUUGGAGAAUGAUGAUGAUGAUGCUACUGCUGGAGUAGAGCAGGAUGUUAGGUCCGACUUUGGUGGGUACUAUGCUCAAGCGGAGAUGAUGAAUCGGUGGGAGGUAGCUUCGGAUAGACAUGCAUUCGACGAUCGGGCAACUUGGAGACGACCGGAGUCGAUUGCUGAUGUCCUCACACUUCAUGGAGACAGUGCAGGGGAGUCUGAUUCGGAUGAUGACCUUGAUGGUGAGAUGGCUAUGCUCAGUUUCCGGGCUGCGCAAGAGUUACUCGCUGCUGGCGACCGCGAUGCUGGGGAACGAAAGUUACAAGAGUGUUUGUCACGGCUUGCUCUUUCUCCUCGCUCUCCUCGUCACGGAGCUGCUGCCCGGAAUGUAGAUGGACAGGCUCUGGAGCUUCAGAUCCUGACGAUGCUGUACGAUGUAUACUUCGAGAGCAGCCGAUGGCAGGAUGCUCAGACAACCCUCAUGAGGAAGAUGCACCUACAGGAACGAUUACCACCCCAAAGCCAACUGAUGUCUCUCUCUGUGGAUACACUGAAGUUGGCGGAACUCCUGCAUAAGCAGACAAAGUACUCUGAAGCGGUUUUACAGGCUCGAAGAGCAUUGAAGGGGUUCAGAAAGCAAAAGGACGUUGCCCACUCGGUGUUGUGUUUGGAUCUGCUCGUUGUGGUUUGCGAGUCUGAGGGUAAGAACGAUGAUGCGGGAGCCUACAUGGAUCUGAGGGCGCAUAUACUUACGAGUAGUGUGCAAGAUGCCACGCUACAGUCUCCAGAAGAGAAAAUCAAGGCGGGUGGGGUCGAGAAUACCGCAGCAGCUACCACAGAAGUGACAGAAGCCUCGUCGGUGGAUGCGAGCGUAGGUGCUGAAGAUUCAGGAAUGAAUGACCCAAAGAACAGUGGUCUAUCCGUCCAGCAAUCCUCGAUGCUUACGAUUCACUCCCUUAAUCUUGCUCGUGAUCCACCUACACUCGACUACCCCACUGGCUUGGACGUCCCUGUCGAAACUCAGACAACGGCUCAUCAGGCAGCAUUAGAAGACAACGGCAUCAUAAACGAUAGGGCAGAAACAGACCAGAUGCAGCCCGGAUCUGACAGAGCAGGAAGCCUACAACCAAGGCAGCUGUGGGUACGUGAGCCAGGAUUUAUGUCCCGUCGUCGGCACGGCUGGGUGCCACCGCUGGCUUCGAAGGAGAGACCACAAGGCCCGAAGCAGUACAGAUCGCAAAGCAGCGAGGAUCUGAGUACUAUAAGGAAUGAGGACAAGAGCUAUCGGGAGGACAGCGACGCUCUACAUGCUAGUGACGAUGGAGCUGGGUCCGCAAAGCACGAAACAGGUGGAACCCUUCCUAUCAAAUCAGGCGACUCAUCCAAAGCCAUCUCCUCAAGCACCGGUUCAUCUUGUCCAGGAAAGAUACGCAAAGACAAUCAGCAGAGCGUUGUAAAGGAUGGCGACAGAGAUGAGCAGAGCAUUGGAGAGUAUAGCGACAGUCAUGAACAGUUCGGUCAAUUAUGUCUAAAGCUGGAAAGUGUGUGCGACCUCGUGAGCAAAUCGCUGCCUUCUUGCCGGACCGAGUCCGCGGCCCAGAAGCAGAACGCAGCUAAAGCUGGCCUCUCGCGGGUCGCUCAGGCCUGGGAUGAUGUAUUGGAGAAGUGCGAUAUUGUCAUCGCCGCAAAUACUCGAUUGUAUGAUCGAUUGAGCGUGAUCAAGUCGAUGAUUCCAGCCGUUCGCAACCAAAUGGACUUCUGGCAGCUUUGCCACGUCUUGGUAGCGUCUUGGACUGAUUUGGCAAGUGAGAUUAUGGACAUAUCUCCACAGCGCUAUGAGAUCACAACCAUACGGAACUUUAUGCGUCCGGUGCAGAAAGCGAUGAAGGAGGUCAGUGAGGUCAUCUCGACGUCCCCCGUCUACUUAGAGGCGAUGCGACAAGCGGAAGGUACUACUCCAAAUGUAUCAGGUCCUGCUGCAAAUGUGCCCGAUCUCGUGCCAAGGUCAGCUGUGUCUAAAAGUGCGAGCGUAGACCUCACUCCACAUUAUAAGCGCAAAGUCGUUGUGGUAGGGGACAGUGCGGUUGGGAAGACUGCGCUCCUGAUGCGACUAAUCAACGACACCUAUACCGAUGCAAGUGGAGUCACCAACUGCUUUUGGGCUUAA